AUGGCCGGUCUGCGUUCUCUCAGUUCCAGCGGGGCUCUCCUUUUCGUUUUCAUCGUUAUUUUUACGGUAAUAUGUGCUACGGUUCUGGGGCUGCGCUUCUGGGCAGCUAGAAUAUCUCGAAGGAGUUUUUAUCCGGACGAUGCUUUCAUAGGCCUCUCCUUUACGAGUACAUGUGUGUUGGAAGGUGUGGUCAUUUGGGCCAUCGUCAACGGCUGUGGGAAGCAGGCGGCAGAGCUCAACGCCUACGAGUUGGCCGUUCAGGGCAAGCUAUAUUUCCUGAGCGGGAUAUUCUGGCUACUUGGCUCCGUCUUCGUUAAGCUGGCUGUCCUUUGGCUCUACAGCCGAAUAUUCGUAACAGACCAGUUCAGGCGGUGGGCAUACGGUCUUAUGGGGAUAGUAGUCUGCUAUGGUAUCUCCUUCCUGGUCGCCUACCAGACGAACUGCCAUCCAAUCUCACAGCUGUGGGAUCCAGUGAAAGGUGGCUGGUGUCGAGAUGUGACCGGUGAGCAGUUUGGCACGAUUGGUGUUAACUUGGCUCUUGACAUUGCAAUUGUUACAUUGCCCAUGCCGACACUAUGGAGUCUUAACAUGCCACAACGGAAGAAGCUCAUUGUCACCCUCAUGUUCAGCAUUGGUAUCAUAACGAUCGCCACACUUGGGUGGAGGCUCGCUGUCACCAUUGAGGCCUCGAAACAUCCCCUCGACUUUUCUUACUACCUGUCGACUAUUGGCCUGGUCAGUCUGCUCGAGGUCUGGCUGAGCAUCAUUGUGGGCUGUCUACCUACCUUGGCACCGGUGUUCAACUUGAAGGUGAAGCCGGCAAUCAGCAAGAUGAGAUCUACAGGGAAUCACAGCAGCCAAGGAGUCGCUGGCUCGCACCAGCUGAGAAGUUUCAAGCAGAAACGUCCUAGAGGGUUAUACAGCGAGCUCGACGAGUCACGAGACAGAGAUUUCGUGGCAUUACAUGACCAUGCCCCGGGGAUGGCGAUCACGGCGGAGAUUACCUCAGAUCCUUAUUAUGGACAACCGAAGCUGGACGAAGGGCACCGCGUGGUUCACGUCCGAAGGGACAUUGAAUCUCAGCAAUGGUAUCAGGGAAAUGACUUGUACCACCCCGUGGGCCGUUGA